GCCUAGGCUCGCCGGCUCCGCCCUGCCGCCCUGCCGCCCGCACGCCACUCGGGCCACUCGACCCUCUCGGGUCUCGGCUACUCGGGCUGCGGCGAAGAUGGCGGCUCCGGCGGCGGCCGACCAGGGUUCCGAGGCUCAGCUGAAGGCCGCCCUGGCCGAAGUGCCCGAGCUGGCCCGGCUCCUGGAGACUGACCCGUACCUGAAGCCCUUCGCCGUGGACUUCCAGCGCAGGUAUAAGAAGUUUAACCAGGUUUUGCAUGACAUCGGGGAGAAUGAAGGUGGUAUUGAUAAGUUCUCCAGAAGCUAUGAAUCAUUUGGCAUCCACAGAUGUGCUGAUGGUGGCAUGUACUGCAAAGAAUGGGCCCCAGGAGCAGAAGGAGUUUUUCUUACUGGAGAAUUCAAUGGCUGGAAUCCAUUUUCUCACCCAUAUAAAAAACUGGAAUAUGGAAAAUGGGAGCUGUAUAUCCCACCCAAGCAGAAUAAAUCUCCCCCAAUACCUCAUGGGUCCAAGUUGAAGGUAGUUAUCACCAGUAAGAGUGGUGAGAUACUGUAUCGCAUCUCGCCGUGGGCAAAGUAUGUGGUCCGUGAAAACAACAACGUGAAUUAUGAUUGGAUACACUGGGAUCCAGAAGACUCAUAUAAAUUCAAGCAUUCCAGACCUAAGAAACCACGGAGUCUAAGAAUUUAUGAAUCCCAUGUGGGAAUUUCUUCUCAUGAAGGAAAAAUAGCCUCUUAUAAACAUUUUACUAGCAAUGUACUACCAAGAAUCAAAGACCUUGGAUACAACUGCAUUCAGUUGAUGGCGAUCAUGGAACAUGCUUACUAUGCCAGUUUUGGGUACCAAAUCACUAGCUUCUUUGCAGCUUCAAGUCGUUAUGGAACUCCUGAAGAACUGAAAGAACUUGUUGACACAGCACAUUCAAUGGGCAUCGUAGUCCUCUUAGAUGUGGUACAUAGCCAUGCUUCAAAAAAUUCAGAAGAUGGGUUAAACAUGUUUGAUGGGACUGAUUCUUGUUUUUUUCAUUCUGGACCCAGAGGGACCCAUGAUCUUUGGGAUAGUAGAUUAUUUAUCUAUUCCAGCUGGGAAGUUUUAAGAUUCCUUCUGUCGAACAUAAGAUGGUGGUUGGAGGAAUACUGCUUUGACGGGUUCCGUUUUGAUGGUGUCACCUCUAUGCUGUAUCAUCACCAUGGGAUGGGUCAAGGUUUUUCAGGUGACUAUAAUGAAUAUUUUGGACUACAAGUAGAUGAAGAUGCUUUGGUUUAUCUCAUGUUGGCAAAUCAUUUGGCUCACACAUUGUACCCAGACUCUAUAACAAUAGCAGAGGAUGUAUCUGGGAUGCCUGCUCUCUGUUCUCCAACUUCCCAGGGAGGAGGUGGUUUUGAUUACAGAUUAGCAAUGGCAAUUCCAGAUAAAUGGAUCCAAUUACUUAAAGAAUUUAAAGAUGAAGACUGGAAUAUGGGCAACAUCGUAUACACCCUCACAAAUCGACGGCACCUUGAAAAAUGUGUUGCUUACGCAGAGAGCCAUGAUCAGGCACUGGUUGGCGACAAGACACUAGCAUUUUGGUUGAUGGAUGCUGAGAUGUACACGAACAUGAGUGUUCUGUCUCCUUUCACCCCGGUGAUCGAUCGAGGCAUACAGCUCCACAAGAUGAUCCGACUCAUUACUCAUGGGCUUGGUGGGGAAGGAUAUCUCAACUUCAUGGGGAAUGAAUUUGGACAUCCUGAAUGGUUGGACUUCCCAAGGAAAGGGAAUAAUGAGAGUUACCAUUAUGCUAGAAGGCAGUUUAAUUUAACUGAUGAUGACCUUCUUCGCUAUAAGUUCCUAAAUAACUUUGACAGAGAUAUGAAUAGACUGGAAGAAAGAUGUGGUUGGCUUUCAGCUCCACAGGCCUACGUGAGUGAAAAACACGAAGGAAAUAAGAUCAUCACCUUUGAAAGAGCAGGACUUCUUUUUAUUUUCAACUUCCACCCAAGCAAGAGCUAUACAGAUUACCGAGUUGGGACAGCACUACCAGGGAAAUUCAAAAUUGUGCUAGAUUCCGAUGCAGCGGAGUAUGGAGGACACCAGAGACUGGACCACAAUACCGACUACUUUGCGGAAGCUUUUGAACAUAAUGGGCGCCCAUAUUCUCUUUUGGUGUACAUUCCAAGCCGAGUGGCGCUCAUCCUUCAGAACAUGGAUCUGCCAAACUGAGGAGACCUGACCUCAGCCCAUCUCACGCAGAUGCAUUGGCUGAUUCGUCAGAGUGUUGAUGAUGUGUAAGCUUUGCAAAAUACGGCUGUCUAGCCAAAACAUCAGGCGGAAAUUCAGUGUUGGAUCAUGCAAAUAUAUAAAGUUGCUAUAUGAAGUAGAUGGGAAGGAUGUGCUUAAAAUAUUAGCAAUGUUUAUUUCAAAGCUAUCCAAGAAAUUAAGAUUUGCAAAUGAAGUGUAGCAUAGAAUAAUUUUUAAAUGUUACUUUACUGGCAAGCUGUUUGGUUCUUUAAUUUCAAAUCUGAAUUAUUCAUCAGGUACGAUUAUUAUUGCUGUAGUAAUUUUUGUGAGAUGAAUAUGUGGUGGCCUUAUUUGUUCUAGUACCUAUGGGUCUGAAUUAGGAGUUACUGAGUUUGCUUCUCUGUUGUUUUUUUCUCAAAUUGUGUUUAGAAAUAAUGAAUUAAAUAUGUAGCAGAAAUAUAAAAAUAAGAAUCAUAUGAAAGAAAAUGUAAAAUUCUUAUCUUUGUUUCGUUUUCCAUUGUUUUAUCUUAUAAUCUGUUAAUACACUGUUUCAUUAGAUACUGAUGUUUUGGUCUUCUGGAGACUUGAAAUGGUAAUUUUAGCAUUUCAGAAAAUGUUUUUCAUUUCAAUCAAUAAAAAAAUUUGCCUAA